AUGUCGUGUUCUGAUUCUAUAAUUUAUCAUGCAUUAAAACAAAUUCAAUCAGGUUGUAGAAGAACAGAAAUUACAUUAAAUCAGUAUGAAUGUUUAUAUCCAUUUAAUACAACCAUUCAAGAAGAUAGUCGAACAUGUAAUAGAUCUAUUGUUGCUAAACGUGAAAAUGUUUCACAAUGUCAUUAUGUACAUGGUAAAUGUGUUUAUCAUGUUGAUGAAAGUUUUGGUUAUCGAUUAACUGGUUGUCUUUGUUUUCCGGUAAAUUGA